AUGUCGUUGAAAAAAUUUUUGAUCAAUCGAUAUCAAAAUCAAAAGUUUCGUCUUAAUGGUAUAAUAAAAUCGACACAUCUACCACAUAAAGCAGAACUACGUCAAUGGUUUAGUGAUCAUAUGAUUUAUGGUCCUGAUCAAUUACCACCAAAAACAGAUUUACGAAGUCACAUGGCACCCAUCGAGGAUCAAUCUCAAAUUGGUAGUUGUACAGCAAAUUCAUUAGCUGGUGCUUAUGAAUAUUUGUCAAAAAAAGAAAAGAAUCAUGAUAAUAUCGUAAGUCGUUUAUUUAUCUAUUAUAAUGGCCGUGUUAAAGCAUAUAAUAACUAUGCUGUAACUGAUUCGGGAUGCCCAUUGACAUGUGUGAUUGAAGCAUUGGAAGAAUCCGGUGUUUGUCUUGAAUCAAUUUGGCCAUAUGAUAUUUCACAAGUGAAUACACGUCCAUCUAAUGAAGCAUAUCAAGCAGCAACAGGUCAUAAAAUAACUCAAGCAAUGCAAGUUAAUAUUGACUUAAAUGAAAUGAAAUCAUGUUUAGCACAAGGUUUCCCAUUUGUAUUCGGAUUAAAACUUUAUACAUCAUUUGAUCAAGCAUCUAAAACUGGUGUUGUACCAAUGCCGAGUGAAGACGAAACUAGUCGAGCAACACAUGGCAGUCAUGCUAUCUGUGCCGUAGGUUAUAGUGAUCAAUCACAAUCAUUUAUUGUUCGAAAUUCAUGGGGAGAAGAUUGGGGAGAUAAAGGUUAUUGUUAUAUUCCGUAUGAUUAUUUAGCAAAUCCAGAUUUUUGUUUUGAUGUUUGGACUAUUCGAAAAGUUGAAACUGAGGAUUUAGGUCAAGAGCAUUGGGAUCAAGAUGAUUCAACUGAUUAUCGAGACAUGGAUGAUGGAAGUAAUAUUGAUGAUGAUCGUACAAUUGAAGAAGGUGAUCAAGAUGAUCAAGGAGAUUAUGACAAUUGA